AUGCAAAAGCGAAAAAAAGAGAGGCUGAGGCAGCUGAAUGUGAGGGAAUCUACUGACAAAGAAGUUGUAACCCAAGUUCAUCAAUAUAUUGCUCGUUUUUGGUAUCAAACGGGCUUGUCAUUCAACUUGAUUCAAUUGCCAAGCUUUCAAGAUAUGCUCCAUGCAGUUGGUGACUUUGGCAAGUAUUUGCUUGCUCCUAGCUACCAUGACAUUCGAGUUCCCCUUUUACAGAAUGAGAUCAAAUAUACAGAUUCAUUGAUGAAGAACAAGAAGAACGAAUGGAAGCUUUAUAGAUGCACAGUCAUGUCAAAUGGAUGGACUGAUCGGAGGCAAAGGACUAUUAUUAACUUCUUGGUUAAUUCUCCUAGUGGGUCGGUCUUUAUUAAAUCUGUUGAUGCAUGUAGCUUUGUGAAAAUAGGGGAAAAACUGUUUGAGUUGCUUGAUUCCGUCAUGGAGGAGAUCGGCGAAGAAAAUGUUGUCCAAGUAGUUACUGACAAUGGGAGUAACUAUGUAGCCGUCGGAAAGAUGAUGGAAAAGAGAAAACAUCUUUAUUGGACUUCAUGUACAGCUCACUGCAUAGACCUCAUGCUUGAGGACAUUGAUAAGAUUCCGGUCAUUCAAAGAACCAUUAAAAGGGCCAUUAGUCUUGUUAGCUAUAUUUAUAGCAACGGUUUUACCUUACAUCUGUUGAGAAGUUUCACAAAGAAGAAGGACUUGGUGAGGCCGGCCAUCACUCGGUUUGCUUAA